UACUCUUGGCCUGAUCCGAUAACUUGGCACCGUUUACUCAGCUUAUAUCUUCUGAGAUUUCUAAUUAAACCUCCCGGGAUGUUUUUAUGACGAGCUGAAGCCAUAAUACGUCAUGUCCCCAAAUAAUCACUCUUUUUUCAUGACUAGUCGUACUCACUCUGCCUUCCCCCUCAUCUCCUCACCUCUAGGUAAACUCAUUUCUGGUCUACCUUUAUAGCCCACCCACCCUAACGCUCUCAAUCACCAUCUCAACUCCGAAGACAAUUUGCUCCUCUUUGGGCUUCGCUACUCUCGAACAUGUCUCCCCGUCAGAAUCCGGACAGCAAUUCUCAAGAAGUCAAGAUAGAUAGUGGUCAAACUGGACCGCCAAAGCAGGAUGCCUUAAACGGUGACAAGUCCAUCAAUAUACCGCGUGGGUCUGAUGAUUAUACGAGAAAUGACAGCCACACCAGUCCCAAUGCCACCAAGCAAUCAAAUGUCCAUGAUAAUAGUGAUGCGGAUUGGGAGAUAGUCAGCUACGUGCAGGAUGGCAAAAAGGAUAACGACCUACCGUUCCAUGGGCGUAUAGGACAUUUUAGCAUUGAUGUGGGUUGGGGUAAACGGAAACAUCGGUUGUAUUCGAGUGAUUGGAGCUUUGGUCAUUAUCAUCACCAUCGUCACCAAUGUCAUGCUGAUAUACAUGGCGAGGAAGGUAGUAAAGGUCGGCUAACAGAAUGAGAGAGAGAUAGAUUACAAUAUACCCAAGUACAGCUCCUAUUCAUGGCUCUUCCCGGCUCGUCGAUGGCCGUUCAGUAUAGUACUAAGAAGUUCCCAUUGACAAUUGUGUUAUAAAUGUACUUUAUCUAUAUUGUGGAUGCAGUAAGUGGUUUCAAA